AUGAAAAAUAGGAGCCAUGGCUUGGCACAAGGGGUGAGCUUUCUCCUCCUCCUCCUCCUCCUCCUCCUCGAUGUCACCGCACAGAGUGAGAAGAACAAGACCACUGUGGUGAGCCAUCUCCCUCGCUUCCAUGGCCCCCUUCCCUUCUCCCUGGAAACAGGCUAUGUGCAAGUGGACGACCGCAAUGGCAUCCACCUCUUCUACUACUUCAUGCAGUCGGAGAGGAGCCCGGCGGAGGACCCCGUCUUGCUCUGGCUCACUGGCGGCCCCGGGUGCUCCGCCUUCUCUGACCUUGUCCAUGAGAUCGGUCUCAGUUUUCAGACCAAUUCCUAUAAUGGUGGUCUGCCAGAGUUGGUGUACAGACCAGAUUCUUGGACCAAGGUUGCCAAUGUUAUCUUUCUGGAUUCCCCUGUUGGAGCUGGCUUUUCAUACUCUGCAACAGACCAAGGGUACAAGUCCCGCAACACCAAAGUCGUUGAUCAAAUUGCCAUCUUCCUUACCAAGUCUUUCCAUGGCAAGCGCACAUCUUUGGAGCUAAACCUGUCUCUCCCAAGCGAGCGCCGCCGCCACUCAGACUUCCCCCACUCGACUUCAGAGGAGCGCCGCCCGCCGCCCGCCGCCCGCUGCCCUCUCCCCCGCCGCCCGCCGCCCGCUGCCCUCUCCCCCGCCACUAUGUCUACGCCCGACGGCCGUAACAGGAGGUCCGUCACGCCACCUUCUGCUGAUGAAGAGCUGGGUGUUGAGUUUAAGGAUGAGGAAUUUCCGACUCUGCAAAAGAGUCUGGGGAAAGUACGUUCCCCGGGAAGUAACAGGCCUUCUCCUCAGCGAGGUGUCCGUAUCAGCCCUCCCCAACAAGUUCCUGCUCAGCCCCUCACGCCCGAUGAAAGAAGGCAGCGCCAGUUCAUGGAUGUACUUUUGAACUGCAAUAAGAAGGGAAACAAAAGCUUGUAUCAGAUCAAGGCUCUUGCUAUAGUUCCUUCCAAAGAUUACACUUUCCACGUCCAAUUUGAGCAUGUUCUUGAGAGGGGUUAUUUCGACUUGGCAAUUUGGAUCGUGGAAAGUCUCUCAUCUCGCCUAGGUGUGAAUUUGCUGAGGCUGACGCUAGCAGAUUUCUUGGAGGCGGAACUUCCGGGUCAGAUUCCCCGAGUGAGGGAGGAUAUCUUCUUGAUGUUCGUGGGUACUCCAACAUCCAUGAAGCCAUGGUCUCAGUUCUCAUCAGAAGAUGUGGUGCAAUUGGAUAGUACCGUGCUGGGAAACACAAACAGCUUGUGAAAGUUGUGUACUUGGGUCGCCUGGUAUACUUUGCUGGCACUGAUUAUCUCUAUGAGGAGUGGAAUGCUGGAAAAAGCUGGGGCGGGAAGUUUGAAGCCAAGCAUAUUCACUUUCUGGAGUACAGAGAUGGUAGGGUAGUAUGCAGAAUCAGUGCUACUCCUACUGCCACAGGAAAGGGUUGUACCUCAACAAACAAGGCACUUGAUCUUCAGAAGCUGGUGGCAGAGCUUAUCGCGAAGUACAAAAUCGGUGAUCAGUUGCCUGCAAAUUUUGAAGCGCUGAAGCGUGACUUUGAGGCUUUAAAUGGUACCUCCAUCUCGACAACACCCGUUUUACAGUAUCUGCCAUAUCACGUGGCUAUGAUGCCGCUUGCUGCAACUGAGUUUCUGACCACAAAGCUUCAUACUGUUCUUCAAAGUGUCCGGAUGUCUGCGGCAGAGUUCACCGUGUACAGGAUUGUGUUUCUUGCACAACCAAAUGGUGAACUUGAUUGGAGGAUUGAGUAUUUCGACUCGCCUGACCAAGUUCUUCGGGGGGUGUAUCGACAUGAUAGGAGGGGUACGGUACCUGGUGUGCAGAGACCGGGUCAAGUGAGGGAAGAUCCAGCAGGUAUUGAGAAGUUCAGGCAGACUAGAGAAGGUAAACUGGGCUACAAACGGCAUAUUAAUAUGCACGUGCAUCAGCAUCUGCCUGGCAGCACUCCAGGGCAGCAAAGGACCCUAACAGAUGUGUUCGAGGCUUGAGCUGUUUUCCUCAAACAAGAAUGAUAUCCUUGCUGAGAUUUCAAGUGAGCUCUUCCGUGGUGAGGACGAACAGAUGAGGCUGGCCUCCAAGCUUGGCAUCAUCUAUGAGUCGUACCGGGCGAUGAGGUACAUUGAGGACAAUGUUGCUGCUGCUGGUGCUGAUGCUGGAACAGUAUGAUUGCGAGAAGAGGCAUGACGUAGAACGUAGUGGGCGUAGGUAGUUGGUUGUAAUGGUAUGUCCAUGUCUUCGGUGGAGAGGAUGAGACUGACAGAGGGCCUUAAUUUGUUCUUCUUGUAGUAACUAAGCUGGAUCCUGGAGGAUGUGCAUGCUAUGCACACAGCUGGUGGUCAGUUGUUGAUUUUGGUGUGCGAUGCUGUGGGUGUUUGAUGUCUUGAAUGGUAGCGCCGUGUCCCAUGUCUUAUUUUGCUGCCACUGUAGUAACUUGUGGAUCCUGGAACCUGGAUGAUGUGAAUGUUUGCACAAAUGUUAUGUACACAGUUGGUGACUGGUUGAUUUUGGUCUGUGGUGGUGCUGGUGGCCAUUUGGUCUU